AAUUUUGUUUUGAUAACGCGAGAGAGUUGAAGGACUAGGGAAGAGGAGGAGAAUGUGGGGCGGGGGGAGACAGGACUGAUGGUGGCGGGGGUCAGGGGUCUCCUUUCGUUUUCUCUAAGAGAAUGUUCACGGCAAGCCUCCCUCUCCCGGCUGUGAAAGUCUCGUUCCUUAAGGCAAACAAGAGGAACGCUGAACCCUGCCCAGCCCCAGCACUGUCUGGAACAGGCGCCAGCCUGGAGAAGCUGCGGCCCGGUGCUUGGAGACACGUGCCUGGACCUUGGAGCAGCCCUGGUUCCCCCACUGAUGUGCCAGCCGUAUUCCAAGAGGACAGUCUUCCCCGGAGAUUCGGACUCACCCCAGGAAGCCCAGCCCCGCGCCCCGACCUGGCUCCAGGCUCUGGCUCUGCGGCGGCUCCCUGCUCCCGCUUGCCCUGCAGCCUGCCUUCCCUUUCCCCGCUUCCUCCCCUGGCUCUGGCUCAGAGCUGGCCGCUCCCCACCUCCCUGGGACCAAGCCCAGCAUUCUACAAACCCAGCUCAUUCUCCAGGAGUCCCCUGAGCGCCCCCUUCCUCAGCCCCCACAGGGCGCCGGCGCCGCCGGGGGUGAGGACCCGGCACUGGAUGCCUGACGGGAUGCGCCUGCUCCCAGCAGCGGGGCUGGAAGCCCGGGGACCCAGGCCCCAGCUGGACGGAACGCCAGGACCCGACAAUGGCACAAGCCACCCCGGCCCCAGGCACCACCAGCCCCUGAUCAACAGACCAACGUCGGCGGUGUGGAGGAGUGUGGGGUACCGGCCCCGAAGCUGCAAGGGCCCAGGCGUGGCCACUGUUGAGUCCCCCUCUGAGGACCACGCUGCCCAGGGGGCAGGGGGCCUGCUCUGCCUGCAGCUGAGCCCCCAAGAGCCGACCAUCUGA